UAUUGUCUCCAAAAACCCUCAGGGGUGGAACCAAAUCUGAACGUUGAUUACGGAUUUUCUGCGUAGAAACUGGCAACCUACAUGUUGUUCAGUGGGAGGCACUAGUCAGUAGUAGUUUCUGGAAGGAACCUCAUGCUUGCACCAUGGAGAAAGUCUCAGCAUUGAAAGACCAGGGCAACAAGGCGCUAAGUGCCGGAAAUAUCGAUGAGGCUGUACGUUGCUACACUGAAGCUUUGGCCCUUGACCCUUCAAACCAUGUCCUGUUCAGUAACCGCUCUGCUGCCUACGCUAAGAAAGGCAACUAUGAAAAUGCUCUUCAGGAUGCCUGUCAGACCAUCAAAAUCAAGCCUGACUGGGGCAAGGGCUACUCCCGCAAAGCUGCAGCUUUGGAAUUUCUUGGUCGAUUGGAGGAUGCUAAAGCAAAUUACCAGGAAGGUCUCAGGCAAGAGCCAAAUAAUCAGCAGCUGAAGGAGGGUUUACAGAACAUUGAAGCUCGGCUUGCAGAGAAGUCAAUGAUGAAUCCCUUCGCUAUGCCCAACUUGUAUCAGAAGCUGGAGGGUGAUCCUCGGACGCGUGAGCUAUUGUCGGAUCCCAGCUACAGAGAACUGCUGGAGCAGCUCAGGAACAAACCAUCAGAGCUCGGCACAAAACUGCAGGAUCCACGAGUGAUGACCACACUAUCUGUUCUGCUGGGGCUGAACCUCUCUGAGAUGGAAGAAGAAGAGGAGCCUUCUCCCCCUCCUCCCCCCAAACCCAAAGAGACUCAGCCACCUCCUCCCAAAGAGGAAGACCUUCCUGAAAACAAGAAAAAGGCUUUGAAGGAAAAAGAACUUGGGAAUUCUGCAUAUAAGAAUAAAGACUUUGAAACAGCGCUGAAACAUUAUGAAGAAGCAAUCAAACAUGACCCUACCAACAUGACUUACAUAUCUAACCAAGCAGCUGUGUACUUUGAGAAGGGAGACUUUGAGAAGUGCCGAGAGCUGUGUGAGAAAGCCAUUGAUGUUGGCAGAGAGAAUCGGGAAGACUACAGGCAAAUUGCAAAGGCUUUGGCAAGGAUUGGCAACUCAUACUUCAAGCAGGAGAAAUACAAAGAAGCAAUUCAGUAUUUCAACAAGAGUUUGACGGAGCAUCGUACUCCUGAUGUGUUGAAGAAGUGUCAGCAGGCAGAGAAGAUACUGAAGGAGCAGGAGAAACUAGCCUACAUCAACCCUGAAUUAGCCCUAGAAGAGAAGAACAAGGGCAAUGAUGCCUUCCAAAAGGGAGACUACCCCUUAGCCAUGAAACAUUACAGUGAAGCCAUCAAGAGAAACCCCAAUGAUGCCAAACUCUUCAGUAACAGAGCUGCCUGCUACACAAAGCUGUUGGAGUUUCAGCUUGCCCUGAAGGAUUGUGAAGAGUGCAUCAAACUUGAGCCCACCUUCAUUAAAGGCUACACGCGUAAAGGAGCCGCCUUGGAGGCCAUGAAAGAUUAUUCAAAAGCUAUGGAUGCAUACCAGAAGGCUCUGGAGCUUGAUUCUUCCUCAAAGGAAGCCACAGAAGGUUUGCAGCGCUGUAUGGUCAGUCAGGCCAUGAGGAACGACAGUCCUGAGGAAGUGAAGAAAAGGGCUAUGGCUGAUCCCGAGGUGCAGCAGAUUAUGAGUGACCCAGCCAUGCGCAUGAUUCUUGAGCAAAUGCAGAAGGACCCUCAGGCGCUUAGCGACCACUUAAAGAAUCCAGUUAUCGCUCAGAAGAUUCAGAAACUCAUUGAUGUCGGACUGAUAGCCAUUCGUUGAUGACAGUCAAGCCUAAGAUGUGUGAGGAACCUCCAAGGCAACAGUGGAACAAUGUUCAAGUCCCUCCAAAAUAUUACAUUCUCUUUUCUUGCCUUCAAAUUUAAAAAUAUAUUGUCCUUGGUCUCACUGAGACUUGGUGUGUAUGUUAUGUUUUUUUUUUCGUUUUUUUUUUUUUAAAAAAUCAGUUUCACAACUUUUACAUUGUAAUUUAGAACCCAUCUCAUGUGACAUCAACUCCAGGACUCCAGAAAAUGUCAUUUGAAAAAACUGGAUUCACAUGUACAGAUGCUUAAAUACAUCUUAAAAUAAACAGCACAGUUCAGUCCCGAGAAUGCUCAGUGUUUUAAAAGGGAAAUCCACCCUUAAUCAAUUCACAAAUUCCUAUUGCUCCAUGGUCCAUGGUUCCAUGCAAAAAUAUAUAUACGGUACUCAAAAUCUAGAUUGUACUUGAGUUCACAAAUUGAAAUUGUCAACAUUUCUCAUUGUUCUCAAGACUUGUGUUCCUCUUUUAAGACUUGACUAAACAUUGGUGCUAUAAAGUUGAGCUGUUUUCCUCA